GCAUGCCCUUGCGUGCGUUCUCGCGUCCCGGAAGCUGAGAGCGCAGUUCAGCAGUUCCCCGUUGGCGGUUUCCGCGAGUGAAGAGAGAGGGAGGGGAGAGAGAGCAAUAGAGUAGACGGUGGUGAUGCACUAAAACCUAUACGGGCGGAGAUACAGGCUUGACAUGUCCAGGCUUAUCUACCAUGGAUGCAGAGAUGAUCCCCAAAUUCUCUUCGAAAGACGAGGAAAUUGAUUACUGGAAGGCUCUUUCCCUCAAGUACAAGAAAAGCUGCCAGGAGGCGCGGGACGAGCUGCAGGAGUUCCAGGAGGGCAGCCGGGAGCUGGAGGCGGAGCUGGAGGCCCAGCUGGGCCAGGCGGAGAGCCGGAUCCGGGACCUGCAGGCGGAGAACCAGAGGCUGAAGAGCGAGGUGGACACCCUCAAGGAGAAGCUGGAGCAGCAGUACGCGCAGAGCUACAAGCAGAUCUCCCUGCUGGAGGACGACCUGGGCCAGACGCGCGGCAUCAAGGAGCAGCUGUACCGAUACGUGCGCGAGCUGGAGCAGGCCAACGAUGACCUGGAGAGGGCCAAGAGGGCGACCAUCGUGUCGCUGGAGGACUUUGAGGCUCGGCUGAACCAGGCCAUAGAGAGGAACGCCUUCCUGGAGAGCGAGCUGGACGAGAAGGAGUCGCUCCUGGUGUCUGUGCAGAGGCUGAAAGACGAGGCCAGAGACCUGAGGCAGGAGCUGGCGGUGCGGGAGAGGAGCGCGGACGUCGGCAGGCUGUCGGCGCCCAGCUCGCCCAUGCAGGACGCGGAGCAGGCCGAUUCCGCCGUCCAGGCCUCCCUGUCCCUCCCGGCCACGCCCCUGGGCAAGAUCAUGGACAACGCCUUCCUCAGCCAAACGGUUCUGAACAAUGGCAGCUCUCCCCUGACGCCGUCGGCCAGGCUGUCGGCUCUCAACAUCGUGGGGGACCUGCUCAGGAAAGUGGGGGCCCUUGAGUCCAAACUGGCCGCUUGCAGAAACAUGGCCAAAGACCAGGCGGCCAGGAGGGCCCUGACCGGCGUCACCAACGGCAACAUCGGCAGCGCCAAAUUCUCCCACGCGCUUCAGUCCUGCUCCGACAAACCGACUGUGAAUGGCCUGGGUCCGGUCACGCUCGCCGCCAUAACCUCCACCCGCACAGUGUCCCCGCCGAGCAUGCUGCCUCUCAGCGUCUGACCCGCCCCUCCCCCCUAAGCAGCCACACCCUCUGCAGAGAGGACCCUGGUUCGAGCGUGGACAGUACCGACCAAUCACAGGCCUCCCUCUUCUUGCACUGAGUGCAUCUGUUCAGAUGCUCCGCCCCCUUCUGUGAGAGACGGGGGAGUGGGCUUCGCCCACAACUACUCCUAUCAAACCUUCCGUCAUUUCUUGCAGUUUUUUUGUUAUUUAUUUUAUAAAUACGUGUAGCGUGUGUGUGUGUGUGUUGGUUUGUUUGCACUUCACAUUAAUUGCACAGGUAAAUUUUCUUUUUCGGAAAGUAAGUUUAUCGACUGACAGAAUGAUUUAUUUUCAUUCACCGUUGUGUAUGCCAGUGUUUGCUUUCCCGUGCGUGCGUGCUCGUGAAGCAGAGGGGGCGCGCGCGGCUGACCGAUCGGCAGAGUCCGGGCCGUGGGGUCAGACGCGCUGCUGCGCGGUCCCCUUGGACGGACAGCGGGAAGCGGGGCCUACCUGGCAGCCCGCGCGCUGGGAGCAGCUCACCUGGCGUCCACCGUCCAGCGACGCAUUGGGGAGGAAGCAGGACUGCCCGCUCACAUCUCUGCCAUAGCGCAGAUCAGCUGAUCAGGAGUGUACCCACUCACAUCUCUGCUAUAGUGCAGAUGUACCCUUCAGCGAGGUGUUUACAUAAAUUAUUAGCUUAAUAAGACAUGAUUGGUGUUUUAAUAAAAUAAUAGUAAUAAAAGAGACAAAAGGCUGAAUCACAUUGGUAAGAAAAAAUGGCUCUUUACCAGUAAAUCAUAAUUAAUUUAUUUUUUUAAAUCUAAUUACUGUGCUGCCCUGUCAAGUCUGAUAUUUGAAUGUUUUUUUUAAUUUUAUAAAUUUUGUUUCAACGUGUGUUGUCGUCCACUUGUGUCCAGGCACACGAGUGGUCUUUCGCAACGAGCUGCUACCGUACAUGUUGAGUCACACGUGUGACGCACUACCGUCCUGACCCGGUUUUAUAAACGGUUCAAAAAAUAGAAGUGCGGGCGGCUUUUUUAGGCUGUGAUCGUAGGCUGAAUGUGUUCGCGUUUCUCGUUUCUUUGUUUGAAACUCGUGCUUUCGGCAUCGCCGUCAUUCUGAGAGCUGUCAUUGUGCUCAUGUGCCACGUUGGUUCUUUUGCGGGGUUUGACUUUUGUGAAAUGCAUUCCGGUUUUGAUUUUCACUAAAUGCAUUUUGUUUCGUACAUGUAUUUGCUUUUUCCACACUGCAGUGCUCCCCCCAGCUAAAAGCAGGUUGUUCUUCCAUAGGUUGGCUUAUCUAUAGGGGCAAUUCCACAGAAGCCAAACCCAUAUUCAAUAUGAGUGACACAUUUAGGCAGGGUUAACAGGAUUUGUUUUAUAAAUAAAAUUUUUCAUUUUUUUCUGGAUUUUUCAGUAAUUUAAGUGACGGCAGACCAUGGUAUUUUAAGUAACAAUGCAGGGGACAAAUGUACAGCUAAAUCUAUCAUGAUAAAUGUAAUUUUCCCUUCAGGUUGUGCACUCUGGUCAUGUUAUUUUAUCCUGUUUGUUGUUGCACAGGUAUCCCAGCAUCCCCCUUUGUAUAUACUCUUGGUUUAUAAGGUAAGAUUUUAUAUAUGACUCACCUGCCAGAGUGGAGACUGAUUUAUCUCAGAUUGUUUAGGGCAUGUGUUUAAAUUGUUGUAAAUUAUAUGUACGUUAAAGCUCUUAUACCCCAAUGUGGAACUGUUUGUGUACUGUUGAAAUCUGACAAUAAAGAAAUUGAACCCAUAGGUUCUGUUUGGCCUGUU